CAAUUGAGUUGUUCGGCCAUAUUGUAUUUGUUCCGCCAUUAGAAAGAGUGGAUGUGUUUUGACUUUACUUCGAUAUGGAUUCCUGUUUAUGUUAUGUUUGAUUGGAGUUCAGAUGUCCCUUCCUCAGUACCUGUUGACUAUUACAAGUCAAUUAACGAGGAGGACUUUUGCCUCAUGACUUGGAUUUUCCGAUGGAAGGCGAUCAAAGAAAACAACAGCGCUUCACAAAACGCCGCGAAAGAGUGCACAGUAAGCUAGACCCGGACGGGGGCAAAGAUGAAAUGGACAGUUCUCCCUCGCGGUCGGAUUGCGACAAACCCAGGGCCAAGCCACCCCGACGACGGAGAAACCGCUCCCAUUCCCAUGACGAGGACAUCAUUGAUGGAUUUGCCAUCCUAAGUUUUAAAUCUUUAGAAGAUUUGAACAACUUGAUGAAACCCUCGAAAACCAUUGAACAGAAAGACAAAAAGAACGAUUUUGUUAAAAGAAAGAAAAAGAAGACGAGAAUAAAGCCCUGUAGGCCUUUAUCCCCAGCCCUGAACCAUCGAUUCAGUGAUAACUCCUCAGUACACAGUCCAUACAGUGACAGGACGGAAGAAUUCUCAGACCAGCGGUCGGGAUGUCGGGAUGGAGGACUGAGUGACGUCAGUACCCAUUCAAGCUCUGGAAGAGGAUAUUUGUGUGACAGUGAAAGUGGAGAUGAACGGGCAUCUAAUGCAAGUUCAGAUUUAUUUUCAACAUUGAACCAUAAUCGAGAAUGUCCCGCCCCUUCCACCACUUCCUGCAGCAGUCCCUGCUCUACACCAAUCACAUCCACUGCAUCAUCACAGACAGAUAGUGGUAUAACCACGGCAACUGUUACCACGACGACAGCAGCCAGCGCGUAUACCACCGCUACAGAAACCAACCCUACCGCCUCUACGACCACCACCACCAGUUGUACUGUGGGAACCACCACAACCAACUCAUCUGUGAUAGCUAAUGGACCUUUGAUCACAUCCAGAGAAAAACCAAGGUCACCCAUCUCAUCAAAACCAGUCGACUCGAGAUCCCCUCAUCUGAAGAAACCAUUUCCAAGGGCCUCCAGUGACACACUUCUGCACAAGGACCAGCACAAGUUUUCUCCCUCCCCCAUACGAACCCCUCGUAGGGAGGACCCCAGGAGUGACAAAGACUUUCCUUUGCCACCAAGUUUUGGAUUUUCCAAGCCUUGGCAUAGUGGCAGUACCCCUCACCUCCACAACCCCUAUCCCCCUGUGACUCACUCCCCGGGGAUACCUCAGUUUGGUCUGCAUUCCAGUGCCCCUGGUCACAGUUCCUCCUUCUCCAGCCUGCCCCCCAGCCCCCUCCACAAUCUCCUCCCACCCCCAGGGCCUCAAAGUAUGUUUGCAGCUCCCCUGCCUCCGGGGGCUGCCAAUGGUUCUUUGACGUCACCACACACACUAGGAGGGGCCGGUCUGUCAGCACACGCUUCUCCAGAGUCCAUGUCCCUGGCCAGUCAAGAAAUUUUGCGAGAGGAACUGAAUCGACGAUUUUUGGCGGCCCAGGAGCGUACAAGUCUCCCUGUCAUUGGCUCCACCCCGUACGGUCGAGCGGACAUACACCAACAUCAGCACAUGCAUCAACAUCAACACCAGCAUCAACACACACAUCAACACAUGUUUGCCCUGCCAGGUCUUACUGGGUCAUUAGUCCCCUCCCCAGCCCCACAUCUGUAUGACAAGGUCCCAAAACCAUUUGAGUCAUCAUUUUAUAGAGCUACUCCAGGCUUGCUGGGCUAUCCCAUGGUGCCACCUCUUGUUCAUUCAGGAAGUUCCCUUAAUUCCAGUUCAUCGGGAGCUUUUCAACCAAAGAAAGUAGCUGGUGGCCUGUUACAUCCCGGUCAGCUGAUCCCAGCCCUGAGAGAGCAAGAGAAAGUCCCUCCUCCGGCCGCUUCUCUGCCCCACCACAAAAAAAGUGGUAAGUGGUGCACCAUGCAUGUUCAGAUAGCCUGGAAGAUUCACCGGCACCAGCAGGAGAGUUCUGAAGUCUCCAAAGGAGGGGAGGGUAAGAGUCUGGACCCCCUCCAGUCGGGGCGUAACCUGUCCAGUAGUAGUCUCCACCGACCCACCGAUCUGUCCACACCGUCCUCACUCCUAGGUAAAGGUAUGAGUUCAUUCCCUAGGCCCUCACCUUAUCCAUUCUCCAGCCAUGAAGGUUUUGGUGGAUUAGGGAGAGGUGGAAGUCCAUUUGGUACCCCAGGUAGGGAAAUACCAAAGAUUCCAGGUAUAGCUUCACCACAGGAGUGGAGUCGCCUGCAUAGAUCCUCCCCUUUGUUUUCUGGAUCACAUUGGUCAAAACCAGAUGAGAGGGAAAGGGAGAUAGAGAAGGAAAAGGAAAGAGAGAAAGAAAGAGAAGUGGUGCUAGGACUGGACAGACGAAGGGAAGAGAGGGAAAGAGAAAGGAGGUCAAGUGAUAGAGAACGACGUGGAAGUGUUGAUUUAGAACAGUCUAAGGACAGACCAUUUAUUGGAGGAGACGUGCGACAUCCUCACACAGUCUCCUCCCAUUCCAGGUCAAGGUCAAGGUCACCACUUGUGGGAGGCAGAGUGGGCUCUGCCAAAUCUGAUUCUAGUUACAAUCGUGAUGAUAAAGACAUCAUUAAAGUGAAAGAAGAAAAAGUGGAUGAACCUGAGGUCUCUGUGAUGGACAGAGAGAAGUUCAGGCCCGAUUAUUUACAUGGUGCAUCUAACUUAAUGGACCGAUCAAGGCUCCUAGGUGGGCCUUCUCAAUUCCCUUUUGGUGCAGAUAGGAUUCCCCCUCCCCAGAGUUUAUGGGGAUCCCAGGAGAAGAGUUUAAUGGACUUCAGUUAUCACAGUCUCCAGAUCCAGAGAGAAAUGGAGCAGGAACGGGAACGGAUGCUGCGGAGACUGCAGCCGCCCGCCGUGGGUCUGUACGACCCGGACCGAGUCCGCAAAGACGAGAUUUUACUCCAAGAGGAGAGACUGAGGCGAGAGUACUUCGAUCGCUUACCACAGUUUGAAAGGGAACGAUUUGAAAGAGAAAAGUUAGCUUUAGAAUCCAGCAGGCUAGGCCAUUCUAGACAUUUUGAUCCACUGAGAGCGAGUGGUCAUUUUCCAAGAACUAUGAGUCCUCUUGUGAAUCACAGUGGGCUGAAAGUAGGGUCCCCUGCUUUACUGCAAGGACCUCCCCCUCCCCUUAUCCCCUCCUCCUCAACCCCCACCAAUAGAAGUCAUUCAAAUUCCCCCGCUAUGUCUAAACUUAAACUACCGAGCAAUCCAGAUCUUGACAAGAGGGACUCUUAUUCCAGUUCUAACUUAGACGGGCAUGGAAGGUAGCAGAUGUGUGAUUGAUAGAUCUGAUUUUAUUUUCUUAUCGUAAACAGAGGUCAAUCAACUUAUUUUUUUUUCAAAUCAAAGUUUGUCUGCCAAUAAUUAUUUUUAUCAUGUUAUUCACGUUGACAUUCCUUUCCCUUUUUUAUGGGGGAGGGGGUUGCUAUAAAUUAUAAGACACAUCUUUUUAAGAUGAGAUAGUGUCAAUUUGGGAAAAACAUUUACUUUUUUAUGGAAUAUCUGGACUGAAAUUGGCUUAAAUGUAUCUGAUUGAAAUACUUAAACAAGAAUGAGGAUAAAAUUAUGAAUCAGUUUUUACUUGGAAAAUUAAAAAAAGUAUAGGAAACUUUUCUCUCCUCAUAAUCAAUCCAUUAUAUUUUGGCAAAUAGACAAUUGGCUUAUUCAAUAAGAAAAUUAAUAGGUAGUGUGUGAAGUUAGAGCAGACUAGAUCAGGUGAGCUUUGUGGUCCUGUGGUCUCCUCUCAUUUUAUCCCAGUGUAUGGCAGCUGUACAUGACAAACACUAGUUUUUCCUAAAGAUCUCUUAUAUUACUCAAAUUGUAAAGUGGACUUGUUUGUGGACCGACAGUCUUGAAGUUACAAAUUUAUACCGUUCUUAUGUGAAAUUUUGUACUUAGUUUAAUAUUCAUAUUUAUGUUAAGUGCAUGUGGGUUUCUGUAAGUUGAAAUUGAUUUCAUGAAAUGUAAUAAUUUUAAAAUGUUACAAGUAACAAAAGUUCUUUGUACAAUUCAUGUACUGUCUCUAUCAUUGUAAAUUUUGCAAUUUAGUCCAGGGAAUAAGAAAAGUUUUUAAAAAUUAGAGCUUGUUUAAUAAAUUGCACAGUGUGGUAUUACACACAUAAUUUGUCAGUGAGGGAAAGUCUUUUUCUGUGUUUUUAAUAUAUGUAUACAAAACAAUCUUAUAGCAAAGCUUAAUGCAAUAUUUCAUACAAACCACAUUUUUAUACCAAUAGCAUCCAAUGCAAUACUUAUUUUUCUCCUUGCAACAUAGUUGCCAGAUGUUUUCAACAUUUUAUGUACAGAUAUAUAUAUAUGUGUAAUGUACAGGUCAUGAUUUUUAAAAAUAAUAUUAGAUAUAGAACUUUUUUCAUUCAAAUUUGGAGUACAAAUGUACCAGUAUUACAAAUGUACAAUAAAAUGUGCUUUUAAGAAAGUUCCAAGGACAGAUAAUUUUCCUUAUGUUAUAAACCUUAUUUGUCAUAUCCAUUAACUUAACAAUUUACUUUGAAGCCACAAGGAAUGAAAAAUUACUGUAAGUGUCACUUCAUUGCAGACAUGUUUGCUAUAAGCAUUUUUUAAAGUUUUACAUAAAUGAACUUUAAAUUGGCCCAAAUAUUUCACAAAGCAACAGAUGACUUAUCCAUCUAAAAGAUGUUGUAUGUCAAUCUAUUCUGGAAGUGUCAAAAUUUUCAUUAAGUGCAAAGGUCACUGUAUAAAACAAGCUAUGUCAAGCUUGCUGGUCAAGCUUCUUUAAGGAAGGAAUUUGAAUCCUAUGUUGAUUUAAGGUUUGCUCUCAGCAAAUAAAGAAACACACACAUAUAGACUUAUUUAUACAUCAAUACCAUUCAUGGUAGACUUUUUUCCCCAAUAGAAUCAGGGUUAUUUAUAGUUUCAACUUUGAUGCAAAUUAAUAUAUAAGAUAUCAAAACAAAGAAGUUAUUUUAAUAUAUUGUUAGGUGUCAUGGAACAAAGUUGUGCUUACUCUGAGAAAUACAAAAUGGUGGAUCAUUCAAAUUUCUGUGUAAAUAUAGAGAACUGAUAUUACUUUUAUUGGUGUUUGCAUAUACACAAUUAUAUGUCAAUAUAUAAUCACAAACAUGUUCAGUUUUUACAAACUGAAACCAAAAAUAAAAUGUGAAAAAUGAAAA